GGAUGAUGAAGACGAUGCCUUGUCAGACAAAUGUAGUGCUGCAGACGAUACCGUGUCCUUUUCAUCUGAUUCUGAGUUAUCUGAAGAUGAAGAGGGAGACAGUCUUUGCACGGAAAAUUUGGUGAACCGCUCCAUGCACGAGAUGUACCAAACAUCAAACGCGAGAAUUUCCGAUGGCAAAACACCAUCGACGAUGGUUGAAGUGGAGACGAGUUCUCCAAUGGAAAAAGGUUAUUCUAUUCACGACCAUCUCCGAAUGUCCGAAAACACGCCCGAGCUAGUUAUUAAGAAUGGCGAAGAAAAGGUUGAGAAGUAUGGAUCGAGUAAAGACAGAAGACGAAAAACACGUCAGACGUCGACGCUUUCAAAUGAAACGAAGAAGAAGUCCAGUGUGAACAACAAUCUUGUUGAAAGCAACGAAAUCGAAAUACCGCGCGUUCCUCUGAUGAAAUUUUCAGAUCUCGGAGGCUAAAAUACGAUCCAGGAUGUUUGUAAGCUGUUGGUCCACAUCAAACAUCCGGAAGUAUUUGACACCCUGGGGAUCACUCCUCCGAGGGGAUUUUUGCUCCACGGCCCACCAGGAUGUGGAAAAUCGUUGUUUGCUCACGCCAUCGCUGGCGAACUCGACGUGCCGAUUUUCAACGUCGCUUCGACCCAAUUGAUUUCUGGUAUAUCAGGCGAAUCCGAGGGCAAGAUUCGUGACGUGUUUCGACGCGCGUGGGAUCAUUCACCGUGUGUGUUGUUCAUUGAUGAAAUCGAUGCGAUAACACCUAAACGUGAGAACGCAUCGAAGGAAAUGGAGCGACGUAUUGUUGCACAAUUGCUUUCUUGUUUGGAUGAAAUGAACAGAAACAAGGACGUUCGUGUGCUUGUGAUUGGUGCAACAAACAGGCCUGACUCCCUUGAUCCAGCUUUAAGACGCGCAGGAAGGUUUGAUCGUGAGAUACGAAUGGGCAUUCCUGAUGAACGAGCAAGAGAAGAAAUUCUUUGUGUGCAGUGCAAAGGUCUAAAAUUGCAAGAAGAGUUCGAUUACAAGUCUUUGGCAAGUCAGACGCCCGGAUUUGUUGGUGCUGACCUAACCGCUCUUGUACGAGAAGCGGCAAUGUGUGCUGUAACCAGAAUAUUUAACGAAAGUAAAACAGGAUGUUCUGAAAACCAUUCAAUGGUACUACGAAACUCGACGGAUUUGACAGAUGCUAAUAAACAGAAAAGUGUCAUGGAUUUGUUCAAAAGCAGUGAAGCUAUUUUUACCGAAAAACAACUUAAAGACUUAUGUAUUACAAUGGACGACUUUAAGCAAGCCUUACGUGAUGUUCAACCCUCAGCUAAGCGUGAAGGUUUUGCUACAAUCCCAGACGUCACGUGGGAAGAUGUCGGCGCAUUGGAAGAUGUCAGGGAAGAGUUGACGAUGGCUAUAAUAGCUCCCGUACGUCACCGCGAGGCUUUCAAUGAACUUGGUCUGACCAAUCCCCCCGGAAUAUUACUGGCCGGACCACCUGGAUGUGGGAAAACGUUACUUGCUAAGGCCAUCGCCAACGAAUCUGGGAUCAACUUUAUUUCUGUGAAAGGACCAGAACUUUUGAACAUGUAUGUCGGUGAAAGCGAAAGAGCCGUACGUCAAGUGUUUCAACGUGCCCGCAACUCGGCACCAUGUGUGAUCUUCUUUGACGAACUGGAUGCGCUGUGUCCACGACGAUCGCUUAGCAACGAGUCGACGGCUAGCGCACGUGUUGUUAAUCAGUUGUUGACGGAAAUGGAUGGUCUGGAGACAAGGAAACAGGUUUUCAUCAUGGCAGCAACCAACAGACCUGAUAUCAUUGAUCCAGCUAUAUUGCGACCUGGGCGACUUGAUAAAACACUUUACGUUGGUUUACCGCAAGAGAAAGAUAGAUUAGCGAUCUUGAACACUUUAACGAAGGGUGGAUCGAAGCCAAGACUUGGCAACGAUGUGGAUUUGAAGGCAAUCGCUUCGGAUGGUCGCUGUGAAGGAUUUUCAGGUGCUGAUCUUGCUGCUUUGAUUCGAGAAGCGUGCGUUAACGCAUUGCGCGACUGUAUUAAAGGUUGUCAAUAUGACGAAAACGGCGUUUCCGCUGUCGUAUUCGAGAAACAUUUCGAGGGAGCUUUUGAAAAGAUCAAGGCUUCCGUCUCACAGAAAGAAAAACACGUGUACGAAAACAUGCUUGAAAGAACAGGAAAAUAAGAAGGAAGUUUUCAUGGCGUAAUGUAGAAGAAGAUCAACACAGUGGCAGAAGACUGACAGCUUCUUGUUGGUCAUUGAUUAGUUCAAAAACUGACAGCUUCUUGUUGGUCAUUUAUUAGUUCAAACACUGACAGCUUCUUGUUGGUCAUUGUUCAGUUCAAAAACUGACAGCUUCUUGUUGGUCAUUGUUCAGUUCAAAAACUGACAGCUUCUUGUUGGUCAUUGUUCAGUUCAAAAACUGACAGCUUCUUGUUGGUCAUUUAUUAGUUCAAACACUGACAGCUUCUUGUUGGUCAUUGUUCAGUUCAAAAACUGACAGCUUCUUGUUGGUCAUUGUUCAGUUCAAAAACUGACAGCUUCUUGUUGGUCAUUGUUCAGUUCAAAAACUGACAGCUUCUUGUUGGUCAUUGUUCAGUUCAAAAACUGACAGCUUCUUGUUGGUCAUUGUUCAGUUCAAAAACUGACAGCUUCUUGUUGGUCAUUUAUUAGUUCAAACACUGACAGCUUCUUGUUGGUCAUUGUUCAGUUCAAAAACUGACAGCUUCUUGUUGGUCAUUGUUCAGUUCAAAAACUGACAGCUUCUUGUUGGUCAUUGUUCAGUUCAAAAACUGACAGCUUCUUGUUGGUCAUUGUUCAGUUCAAAAACUGACAGCUUCUUGUUGGUCAUUGUUCAGUUCAAAAACUGACAGCUUCUUGUUGGUCAUUUAUUAGUUCAAACACUGACAGCUUCUUGUUGGUCAUUGUUCAGUUCAAAAACUGACAGCUUCUUGUUGGUCAUUGAUUAGUUAAAAAACUGAUAGCUUUUUGUUGGUCAUUGAUUUGUAUACGCAAAAAUCUGUAAUAUUCGUUGUUGAGCUCUUGGCUCUUGGUUUUGACUGACCUCCAAUGCACGAGGUCCUUGGUUCGUCUCGUUGAUGGUGUUGGUAUGGAUUGUAGCUUCAAGAUUGAGUGCAAGGUUUGAGGUUAGGAGAGAGUUUAAGGGCGCUCUGUUUACGCUGAGGUUCUUGACUAUUAAAAAUGACUACCUUCGGGGUCUCAUAGAAAAAUUUGAGCAAAAGGCUUAGUUUUUUAAAGCGCAAAAUUUUUUGUAGUUGUUCCCUUGCUUGCUUGAUUUUUUUUUCUGAAAUUAUACUGAAGAUAUUUCUGAAUAUAUUUCUGAAAUUAUAAAGUGUUCCAUUCUCAAAAAUUUAGCAAGAGAAUUGCCGAUGGCACAAUUUGUGGAUAGCAUUACCUAGGAAAUGACGACUUUAUUGAAUGUUGUCUUCUAUGAAAUAAGGCCUUUUCCAAAUGAAAUAAUGCUUUUUAAAUACAUGUGAUUACAUUCGAUUUUAUUAA